AUGUUCCUGUCGUGGUUUAUUGCGCUCACCCUCACCCUGCAGACCUGCGCUGCUGAGACCUCCUGUGUGUUCCGGUCCAGUGCUGGUUCUGAGGUCCUGCGGGGGUCGAGUUUUGAUGUGUACUGCACCUUCAACUGCAAAUGCAAGGGCUCCAUGUACAUUGACAACACGGACACCCCGCUGAGCACCAAACAGCUGAACUCUACAACCAUCUACUUUAAAGUGGAGAAGAUAACAGAGAAGAGAACGUACAACUGCAGAUGCAACAUGUAUGAGCUGAAGUCUCGCUGCCAUUCACUGGACCCCUGUGGACUGGACAUCUCACCUGGGUAUCUACCGGAUCGCCCAAAAAACAUUUCAUGCGUCUAUGAAAUGGUCAAAAGUGAGAGUGGGUUUGUGACGUGCAUCUGGGACAGAGGACGGGACACCUAUUUUAAAGAUCGCUUUUUGCUGAAGGUGAAAACUGUAUCUGAAAAUCACAGAGAAGGACCCGUGGAGAAGGACCUGUACACUAAUGAAACUGAGACGCCCUCGGCUACAUUUAGUUUGUCCAGAUCAGUUCAGACCAUCUUGGUUUGGGUUCAAGCCAAAAAUGAUUUGGGUUCUGUUGAAUCCUUGGUCGUGAACUGCUCCGUCAGUGACAUCCUGAUGCCGUCAACGCCUGUUCUUAGCCAGGCCGAGUGCCUGUCCAGGAGCUGCAUCGUCAAAGUGAGCCAGUCAGCUGGGAUUCAGAACCUGCAGAUCCAGUUCAGAGCUGACCAACAGCAACAGUGGACUACCUAUCCAGACUCUUGUGAUUCCGUAAAAGCAUCAGAAAGGAUGUACAUGAUCAGAGAUCUAUCUCCGGGUCUGUACAGUCUGUGGAUGAGCGCUUCGACUGCCAAAGGGGAAGGGCCUGCCGGUCAAAAGAUCAAGUUCUACAUCCAAGAGGACCCCCAGCUGUACCCUCUGAUAAUGUGUGUAUGUGCUGUUCUAGCAGUGCCGUUUCUUUGUUAUCUGUGGAAAAAUUCUGCAGUGAAACAGAGAUUUAGACAGAUUUUUUCCUGCCUCAUUCCUGAUGUGCCAGAUCCUGCAAAUAGCAAGUGGGCAAAAGAGUGCACCAAAGAUAAGGGCAAAAUGAUUUUCCAGCUUCCGCCAGGUAACUCCAGUUUAACCAAUAACGAAGAUGAAACCAUUCUGGUGAACGUGGAGGAAAUUUUCAAGCAACGCUGCGACACAUACACCCCUUCGAAAGUCUCGCCACGUCCUCCCAUUCAAACCAGCCUGAGCCCGGAGACCGAGCCAACCACAAUGCUGUAUCCUGCUCAGACCACCUACAUCAAGAGCUUCUCCCAUGACUCCGACAGCUCCAACCACACAGAGAACUCUCUGGACACGAACACCACUGUCGGCUACAUCUCGUUACAUGGGUCGGGGAAUCUGGACACCUCCCAUCAAGAGGAGGAGGAGGAGCACUUCUUUCCUAGUCUCAGCCUCUUCACGGAGCCCCUGGAGUUGAGAGGGAAGCUCACUCUUGAUGCUGUAAAGAUCGAUUGCAGUGACUUCUUUCAGAACGCUUAUUGUGACUCUGAGAGCUGA